AUGCAUAUCUACAAGCAUGCUUACUUAGAGAAUCAGAAUAAUACUCUCGAAUGUAUAUUACCUCGAGACGAAGAGUACAAGUUUAAUGUCAACGAUCAGUUCUUUGGCCUGAAGGUUAAUAAGGAUGGUACGUUAUAUAAUAAUAGUUGCAACAAACGUAUAUAUAAAAUAUCAGAGCAUUUGCUCCAUUUCAGGUAAAUCUCUGGCUGAACUGUCGGUAAAUCAAUUUGAAAGUGGCACUGACUACUAUGGCAUCAACUUGGCCAGAGGGUUUGAUCAGUCAGUGUCUAUCAGAUCAUUGAAAAAAGGUGCUGUUAAUAUUACAUGUUACACUAAGUGAGUUUGAUGUUUUAAAUCCAGUUUAUAGUAUAUAUCAGUAUAGUGUAGUAUAAAAAGUAUUAUAUAACAUAAAUUUGUCAAAAUUUUUCGUUUUCAGCAUUUGCCCAGAAGCAUUGCGUAACGAUAAAGAAUCCAGCAAAAGAGUUUCUACAGACAGUGGUGGAACAUUCGAGAUUGUUUAUUGUCCUUAA